AUGUGGACGGAGACAAGCCUGCUGCAGGAUCGGCACGCACCAGAGGCACCGCGGCCCGAGCUGGCCUACCGGUUGCCGUACGUUGACAACGCCAACGUCAUCGGGCUCAGCCGAGCCGCCACGCAGCGCGCCCUGGACGCCGUCAAGGGCGACCUCGACAAGAGCGGGCUGCACUACCAUGAGGAGAACUCUCCCGCCGAGACGCUCGAGCUGCUGGGGGUGGAGUUUGAUGGUCGGCGUCGUCUGCUGCGUCCCAAGUCUCGACGCGUUUGGCGUCUCCACUUGGCGUUGCGCGCCGUGCUGCGCCGAGGCCGCUGCAGCGGGCUCGUGCUGCAGGUCCUGGUCGGCCACAUCGUGCACCACUGCCAGCUGCUGCGCUUCGGGCUCUCGGUGCUCGACAAGGUCUGGUCCUUCAUGUCCGAGAGCGGCGGCAAGGAGGUUCGCCUGUGGGCGUCCGUCAGGUGGGAGCUGGAAGUGUCCUCCUGGCUCGUGUUCCUGGCCGAGGCCCGGCUCAGCGCAGAGCCUGCCAGCAUCGCCUUUUGUGGCGACUCAUCUGCCGUGGGCUACGCGCUGCACGUCACCUCCGUCUCGGGGCCCGAGUUUCGGGCCGUGGCACGCUGCCGAGAGCGGUGGCGCUUCGACGCAGUCGAGCGGAGCGACGACGGCUGGGGGGCCGUGGGCGGCUGGUCAGCCGAGUGGCGAGCCUCGCCGGAUCCAGCGGGGUCUCUCGGCGGCGGCCCCCGUGACCUCGGCGGCGGACCUGCGAUUCGCUGCCGGCCAUGGCGCGACAUCGAGACCGUGGAGCGGCCAGCCGAGGAGGUGGGGAUCCCGCCGCUGCCCGACGCGCUGCUCGCGAGCAAGCGCUGGGCGAUGGUCAUCAAGGGCGCGUGGCAGCACGACGGGGUCAUCCAUGAGAAGGAGGGCCGGGUGCUGCUCAUGGGCCUGGUGCGGGCCUCAAGGUGCGUCGGCCUCCACGGGAAGAGAGUUCUCUCGAUUGGGGACAACCUUUCGAGCCUCUGCAGCUUCGAGAAGGGGCGCUCAGGCAGCUUCGCCCUUCGGCGCCUGUGCCAGCGCGCCGGGGCCCUCUCCAUCGGCUGCGAGCUCGACUGGUCCCUUCGCUACGUGGAGAGCAAGAGGAACCCGACCGACUUCGACUCGAGGGCAGCCGACCGAGGCGAGCUGGCCGCCGGGAGCUCCGUCGCUGGCCGGCACGCACGGACUGAGCAGCCCAGAAAAAGCAACAACCCUGUCGUCAGGACGUCAGCUCGGCAUCAGUUCGUCGUGGAGAUCUUCGCCGGCUGCGCCGCCUUCUCCGCCGCCUGUCAGGAGGCCGACCUCAACAUCAGGUGCCCCAUCGAGAUCUCGAGGGGCCCCCACAUGGACGUCACGAGGCAGAGGACCCAGAGGCACAUCAAGGGCUUGGUCAAGCAGGGGCUCGUGUGGUACCUCCACUUGGGGGGUUACAUCGUCUAUGCCCAGGAAGCCAUCAUCAUGAGAUUCUUGAGGGAAAAGUACUUUUGCCUCCAGGGCCCGGCGAGGCUCGAGGGCGGUGGGCCUGGAAGACGACUCUGGCAGGGCGCUACCCUCCGCGACUUUGCCGCUCCUGGGCAGCCAUCUUGGCCCGGGCGGCUCCAGAUACGGCCCGCGGGGCCGAUGCCACUUCGCUGGAGCAAUGGGAAGCUGACUUGGCGCGAGCCGGAGGCUGCCCGCUCCCGACCGACAUCUUCAGGCCUCACUGCCCCAGGUGCUACCGCAGCCCGUGGAAGGACGCCGUCAAGCACUGGGGCCAGCGCGUGGUCUGGGUCGGUCCUCGACGCGGAGCUACCAGAUCGAGAUCGACGACGUGCUGCUAAGGCGGCCUCUCGCCGGGCCGCCGCGGGACACGACCCCGGCGACCGGUUCCUGGAGCGCAAGACCGUCGGGAAGGGGACUCUGGUCAACUACGAGACGUGCUCGUCGGACUUCGUCCGCUGGGCCAGCCAACAAGCCCCACCCCGGGCACUGGCCCCGCUCGAGCAGCUGGACGCCAGCCUCUCCGCGUACUUUGACUUUCUCUUCUUCGACGGCUGUGAGCCGUGGGCUGGUCGGCACACCUUGUUCGGCUACGCCCACCUGCAUGGCAUCGUUGCGCCCUCGCGCAACCUGCCACAUGCUGUGAAAGCUCUGGCGGGCUGGGUGAAAGCCUGCCCAGAGCUCAGCCGUGACCCGUGCCCUUGGGAGGUGUUCGCCGCGAUCGCCGACCACUGGCUCGAGCUGGGCACGACCGAGUCCAUCCUUGCCGCCGCCUGCGGCGCCUUGCAGUUCGACACCUACCUUCGCCCAGCGGCCGCGGUCAGCCUGUCCCUCGAGCACGUGGUGUUGCCCUCAGGUAGGGCUGGCGACCGCUAUGACAAGGUGGCGCUGAUCGUUGCCCCUUCGAGUGGCCCAGCGCCUCGGCCCAACAAGAAUCAGCAGUUUGACGACACCGUGAUGGUUGGGUCUAUCGACCCAUCUCGUGGUUGGCUUCGGCAACUUGUUCGACAGCUCGUUGCCAGAGCCCGUGCACGUCGUACUCAGCGCCUGUUCAACGAGCUCCAGCUGUCCUCCUACGAGCGCCUGUUCCGCGAGGCCAGCCACCGACUAGGGCUGGCAGCGCUGAAGGUGUCGCCGCACACGCUGCGACACGGUGGCCCGUCUCUCGACUACUUGAACGGCCUUGCCACGCCCCCUGUGCUGAAGAAGCGCGGGGGCUGGCUCAGCGACCGCUCCGUGGCAAGGUACGGCAGAGAGGGACGACUCUUGAGGCAGAUCAGCCGCCUUUCGCCUGCACAGCAGCAGCAGUUCAAGCGUGCCGCCAGCCGCCUCAGACAGAAGCUGCUCUGCGCCACGGCUGCGCAGAAGAAGGCCGUGGCCAAGAAAACACCAGGUGCGAAGAAGGCCGUGAUCAAGGUCGUGGUGGAGACAGUGAACUCGCACCUGUGCCCCGCCAUUCGGAAUCCCACCAUGACGCUCACGAAAUAUGCGAAGUUGCGAGUGGGUACGGACUUUUCGGGCCUCGAGACUCCAAUCUGGGCCCUGAAGCUCUUAGGCGUUCGUUUCGACCACUGCUUCAGCUCAGACCUCCAGCACUGCAGCCAGAAGAUAUCGAGAUACCUCGGCUGCCCUGUCGUGAACAAGUUUGUACAGCGAGAUGUCACGAAGUCCCCCCCCUGCGAUGUCUACGCGUUCAGCCCCCCGUGCGUGACGUUCAGUAACAAUGGGAACCAGGAAGGGGCAAACGUUCUGGACGGGCAGCUGGUCACCUACUCGCUCGCGUACAUCAUUCAUCACAAGCCGAAGCUCAUCCUCAUGGAGCAGGUCAAGAACAUCACGCAGAGCCGAGUAUACCUUGCAGGCAUCCUGGACUGUCGGAACAUUCAUUGGAAGAUGAUGGUGCCUGACACCCGCGAGCCCCCUGCUCUGGCCGACUGCGUCGCGAAGCUCCCCCCGGACGUGUUCAGGAUGCUCCCGACCCCGGAGGUGGACGGGCAGCUGGCUUGCGAGAACGUGCAGAAACACUUGGAGAAGCGCCUUGCGGAGGGCUACAAUCCUUUCCUUACGCCGAUCAUCAUAGAGACAGGUACCUCUUCUUAUCGGUCUGUGAGUCAGGUGGGGAUUGCUCCGACGAUAUGUCAUCGGGAGGCUGGCAGGCUGGGUUACUGGUGCACGUACAAGGGUGGGCAUUUGGACCCCGAUGAGCUCGGCCGCAUCCAGGGCUUCCCCGCAGGCCUCAUCCCGUGGAAGCAGCUCGGCAUCUCACCGACGCAAUACGGCGGGCUCAUGGGCAACGCCAUGACGCUCACGGUCGUGGCUUCCCUUCUUCCAGAUCUAUUGCUGGCUGCUGAUAUGGUGACGACAGCUGAGUUCAACAUUCUGAAGGCGAAGGCAGCCAGAAUCGACGUGACCCGCGACCUCCGCCCAUACCGUUUGAAGGUGCACGAGACGUCCGACGCCCACGUGGCCGCAGUUGGGGUCCUCUUGUAUUCGUUGAUCGGCGAGUCUGUCCCGUCCGGAGUCGGCCACAUCCCAGAGAACGCGAGCCCAUCAAGCGAGCAAUUCCAGGCGCUCUUGAAGUGGAUGCGAGACGGUGGCGCCAUCAGCAAGGGCGUGCCUGCGGUCGGCACAUACCGCAAAUGCAAAAAGAUGAUCUUCUGUUUGGCUGAGGGGAACAAGAGAAUGCACAGGGCGUGGCUGAAGGAGGCAGUCAGCGUGAACAUACUUCGGGACGAACGCCACUCGCGACUGCUAGUUCGUUUCCGCUGUGCAGAUGCGAUGGCAAACCACCACAUCGGGGUCAUGGGCCAGCCGAAGGUCACCAAGGGCACGUCGACCAACAUUUCAAGUGCGACGGAUGAGCUGUUCAAGCAGUUCGCUACUAAGAACUUUGGAGCUCCAUACAUCGACCCUAAAGACGCCAAUAUACAAUACGAUGAUGACUUGUACAACCACAUGCGCAUCAGCGUGCAUGCAUUGACGGUCGAUGCGGCAUCGAACGAGGUGGCUUCGGCGGAAAACAUGAUGUCAAACCAGUCUGUUAUCUCGCAGAGGAUUGGUCAAGAGGCUUUUGCGCCCAACCUGAAGUUCAUCAUCCGCGACAAGGCGCACGCCAGCCGUCGGAUAUUGCAAAGGCCAUGGGCGUGCGACACCUACUUGUCUUUCGUCGCCAGCUGCCUCAUCACGGAAUCUUCGAGCAUAGCGCAGCUGAUUCAGCAUUCGGACGACCUUCGAGCCAUCUAUACUGAGUGCUCCCGCAAAUCGUCAACAAAGGUUGUGAGCUCCACGUUUUCCAACAUGAGGGCGGCCAAGCACAGAUUUGAGUCCAUGUGCACACCCCUUUCCAGAAUCUGUCUCGACUGGGAGGCGUGCUUUUCGUUCCUCGCGCGGGUGGUUGUGGAGCGGCAGGACACUGGCGACAGGGCUUUUCGAUUCGCCAAGUCAUGCCUGAUCAACAUCGACGAGGAGUUGAUGCUGCAGGCGGCGAUGCUAGCAGACGCGGCAGAUGAGUGCAUGUGCCUGAUCAGGUUCUUCGACACGCCAGAGCCGGAUUCAGCGCUAGUAUGCAAACAGGUCGCCGACUUCACAGAGGUAGUCCACAAGCUGUUUUGCGAUGGGCAUGUUUUCACCGUGGAGGGGCACACCCAGGUGUGCUUGAAGUUCUUGCAGGACGCUACGCAUUUUAUGGCUGAUGGCGAAUUGCGCUCUGUCGGCGGGCCCAGGGCAGUCACGGCAGCACUCAGGGACCGCGUUCUCCGGCGCAUGACCGCGUGGGCGCACUUGGCCGUCCAGGUCGUGCGGGCCGAACACCCAGAUUUUGAGAUUAUCUCGUCCUUCUGCUGCUUUGACCUCAACAGCUGGGUUGACCAAACAGCGCAAGACUUUCGGCGCCACGGGCGCCCCAAGCACUUCGACGAGUCGCUUGGUCGAAUCGCAAGCAGCAUCGGUUUAUCUUUGGAAGGUCUGAUCUCUGAGUAUUUCGAUUUGGGACGGUUUGCCCGCAGCCAUUUCCUGCAGAAGAAGUCCUCGAACUUGGAGGCCUGGCGGUGGGCCCUGCACUCGACGAGCUCAGCGGCUUCCCGGAAAAGGCACGUGGCCUCGAAUUUGGAGAUGGCGCUCGUGGUGUACAGUUGCUUCACGUCCAGCGAUUCCAUCAUCGAGCACAAUUUCAGCAGAAUUCAAUCUUUUCUUGGCGAUCAGCGUCUCAACGCUGCUGAGACAGUCGAGUCUGACACAGUUGUCGUGUUGUUGAGCGAGCCGCAGUUCGAUGACGUUGUCUUGGAGCGCGCCAAGGACACGUGGAAGGAACUCUACAAGUCCGCGAGGGAUCCCACCGAGGCCAGAUCCGAUAAAGGCGCCCCCAGGCCGGCUCAGCAGCUGGAGCUGCCCACGAUGCCCUCGGAGAAGGGCUUCCUGGAGAAGAGGCGGCAAUCAGUGGCUGAUACGGUCAAAGCCCAUCCACCUUCGAAAGCACCUCGUGUCGAAGACUUGGGCGAUGUCUGGACAGACAAACACAGGCGCGAAGUUGCAUUCAACCUAGAGAAACAACAGAUCAAGAUGUUCGAAUCUAUCAGGGCAGGCACUGUUCGUCCCGAAGAGGUCACGCAAGACAUCAUGGACAAAGCGGAUGAAUAUUUCAAGAAAGUUGGCAAGAACAUGGUCGCGAGAGAGCGGCGGGAGAAAACGCUGCAACAGAUUGCGGGUCGGGAGUACCCCUCUCGCGAUGAGCUGGCGGGUCUUAAGAUUUGGGCGGAAGGUGACAUGCGCACGCCUGACAUGAUGGGAAAAAUUGCAACCAUGAGUAUGGAACUGGUGGAUGACUACACAGAUGCUAUUGUAAUCAUUACUAACAAUCCAGGACAACUCCCCAGGGAGAUAUCGUUUGCUGCUGGUUUCAUUGGUGCUUGGAUUAUGCAACCUUCUGCGUUUAUCACGGAGCGCCACGGGGUGAGUUUGAAACUCAAGCAGUACACCAAGACCAGGCGGGCCGUCUUCAUCACUGAGCCCUUUAAGGUCGCCCACCCCGCCAUCGUCGCUUCCAUUCGGAAACACGAGAGCUCUCAGUUCACUUUCCUGCCAGAUAUUGGGAAAUUCGCAACUGAGAAGGACAAGGCCAUCCGGGGCCAGGAGGGUCAUCCCAAGGACGAGAAUGCCUGCUCGGACGUGGUGACGCUGGGCGGCUCGGACGACGUGGCCAGGCUGGAGUCGUUGCAUUUUGAUCUCGCCAUGCUGGACUUGAAUAAGGACAAGGACUUGGACGAGGACAAGGACAAGGGCUUCUCCAACGGCGGACGCGGCGCUGGCUCCAUCCCCAAGCCCAUGCGGUUCGACCUGCAGACCUUCUGGCGUAAGAAGUGCUGGGUGCCUGACUGCUACCCGCUCAUCAAGCUGGGGACCUGGGACGAGUGCAGCUACUACGGAGAUGAGGUGGUGGCAAAUUGGCCCAUCAAGGGCGACGACCGAUUGGCUGCCUACUGGCACGACCUCGUGCACGGCGACGAUGUACCUGAGAUGACGUUUGCCGAGGCCGUAAAGGAGUACUUUGGAGGCGAUGACCCGUCGGAGAGGUUGCCAGAUGACUACUGGGUGCCCAGCUCGAAGAUCAAGGACACCAUGUUUGCGGACAUGAUGCGCGACCUCCGGUCAUCCGCAAUGCCCCUUGCUAAGAAGAAGGCCAGGGUCGGUGGCGCCCAGGAUGCGUUAGGUGAGCCAGACAUGGAGCUUGACGAGCCGCCGCAAUCGAAGGCCAAGGCUAAGGGGAAGGCGCCGGCGAAGACCAAGGCUAACAGCCAGGGCCCCCGCAUUGUCGGUCUCUUUUCGACAACCUCUUUGCCGGGCUUCGCACAUCCAAAUGCAGAGUUCCAUCGGCGGAUCGAGCUGGCCAUGGACAAGAUCAAGGGCUACUUCGGCCAGAACAUCGAGAAGGCGAUGCCGCUGGCUGGCGACGUUGGGUGCCAGGAGCCGAUCAACUAUGACCUCGUUGAGGAGAGGCUCAACGAGGAAGUUUGGGCAGGCCAGGUGUUAGUCACGGGCGGCGUCAACGUGCUCUGGGCCAAGCCGAGUGAGUCCCUGACGCCGACCGUUGCCAUCGACGCCCAUGCCGUCGAGAAUUUCACGCAGAACUUUUGGCCCCCCGGGCUGGUGCGCCCCUUGGCGGAGCCAAUCGACUUCUUGGCGGGCCCCGGCGGCGUUGUCGGGGGCAAGGUGACCCGCCUGGGCCCGGAGGAGCCGCAGCAGGCGUUGGUCCUCAAGGUCGCGGAGCGCAUCGAGGCUGGAGCCGACGAGGAAGAGAUGAAACGGUGGAAGGCUUGUUUGCUCAGCGCGACAGGGCGAGUCGCGCGGGCAGAGACUUGGGGCGAUCAGUGCUUCUGGGUGACGAACGCCCGCCGCAGGUUCAGGGGCGCGGCAGCGGCGAUCGCGCACUUGGCGUCGCAGAUCGUUGCCGACAUUUGGUUGUUCAAGACCCGGGAAGAGGCGAUCCUUAGCAAGGCCCUCAGCCACAAGGAAAUUGCUGACAUCUACGCGAAGCGUAUGCCUGAUGCUGAGAAGGAUUCAGAGUCCCGGGCUUCAGAAAGUACAAUCAAAUAUGCCCUCAAGGUGUACGAGGUUCUUUUCAGCAGUGCGGAGAUCCGUGACAUCAUUGCCACGAUGGGCAGAAAGUACCUUUCCGAGAGCCCCUUCAAUUCGAUGUCCAAGCUCGUGGUGAUUGCCUACAAGUGCAAGAACCAGCAAACUAAUACGUGGUUCUUCCAGCUCGUGGUGGAGGGCUUGGCUAGUGGAGGACUGGAGACAGGUGAUUUGAGCAUGAACAAGCUGAGGGGCCAGAGUGGGAGGGCGGGCUUGAUCGACGUCAUCUCGAUGAAACUUGCCAUGCGGGAAUUCGACGCCGCGCUGUCCGAGCAGAACUCGGUGCCGAAGGCGUCCCCGGCAGCCCCACCUGCUGGCGCACCAGGGGGCGGCGCGCCACCGCCUGGCCCCGCUGCUGCUGGUGGCCCCGCUUCGUCGGCAGCGCCGCCUCCAGAUAUCAUGGAGCUCGAGGCCGACUGGGCCGAUUGCGCGGAGCGCCACGUCAAGAAGUUCUGCGAGUUGAUCGUGGAGAAUGGCAAGAACCAGACGGAGCUGACGAAUGCCAUCAAGGGCAUCGGCCUCGGCGCCGUGAAGGGCGGGGGCGCGGGCAACGUCAUCAUCACGUUCGACGCGAAUCUGUUCGGCGAGAGCCAGACGCACCCCCACAUCCGCAAGCCUCCGUUGCAGAAGCCGAUCAUCCAGAAGAUGUGGAAAUCUGUCUUGACUGCGCGGACCGCUCCGGACCAGGUAGGCAUCCUGCCCAAAGGCGACGUCCUGAUGCUCUUUGAUGGGGGCAGGACUAACGACAACACGUUCCUGAACAACUGGGGCAUGGGGAAAGACCGCAAAACUGCAGACAGAACACGUACAGCCAAGGACGGGAAGACCAUCAUGCGAGAAAUCAUCUUGACUUUCGACGAGAAGAGCGUGAAGGCGCGCAAGCAUCGCCAGAAGACGAGGCAAUGCGUCCUUCGGUGCUCCCAGCGCGUGUUCAUGUUCUACAGCAGUUUCACGACGAUCCAGCCUCGUGAGCAUAAGCACUUCCCGGAUGCCACCAACGUGUCGAACUUCGUCGGCCCUUGUAGCUUGUUGCCGUGGUCCGGUCUCCCGAAGCUCACGAUUGGUGAAAAAAAGCAGUUCUGGGGCGCAAGGAGGCGCGCCGUGGGCGGCAGGACGGAGGGCAUGGGCGGCGACUCGGACGAACAGAGCGACGACGAGGAGCAAGAAGUCGACGACGACGGAGAACAAGAAGCCGAUGAGCCGCCUGAGGAGGAGAACCCCAGCCCAGAACUUCGGAACGCCAGGGACAGCAGGAUCCAGCCGAUCACCUACCACAGCCUGCCGAGCGUGGUGACGGACUCCCUGCGCCACGCUUUCUGGUGCAUCAGCACGAUCGACAUGACCCCAGGUGUCGGUGAGCAGUGCUGCGAUUGCGUCACGAACAACAUUGGCUACCUCGGCAUCUGCCAGACGGAGUUCCAGAAGAAGCACAUCAUGCAGCAGCUCCUCAAGCACAUGUACGAGAAGAUGGCCGACCCUCAGAGCAAGGUUUACGCGCCGGCGUACGCCGCGGAGGUGAACAACAGGCGGAAGGCAAAGCAGGCGAAAGCGCGGGAGUUCGUGCGACUGCUAGCAGAGAUGUCGGGCUACAUCAAUUCUGGGGAUGACGUGGGCAUCCUGAGCUUGUCGCCCGACAACGUUCGCUGCGCAGUUCAAGAGGGGGGCGAAUGCGACUUCCAGAUGCUGCGCCCUGCGCCCAGCUGGCCUGGACUGACGAGGCACGCUGCCCUGCUCCAGGAGGCCAAGUCGCAUCAGUUGCGGUUCUUUCACGUGGAAGAUCCCGACGCCAAGGGCACCGUCAUACAUGCUCUGGACCACCUCCGCAGCGAGAGCAACUCCGCGGUAGCGAGAGCGCUUCUCGGCGCAGCUGACUUUGCGUGCUUCGUGCAAUGCGCGGUCGGAUGGGCGGAUUGCACGCUGGAGCGAGAAGUUGCCAAAGUAUUGGGCAGCUCCGGAGAGCGAGCUGCUGAGAUGAUUCGCGCGCUUGAGGGCCGCGUCCACGCGUGCAUUCCUCUGGGCAUGAGACGCGGGCGCGUCUUGCGCUCGUUGACAGAGGGCGAAGCGCGGCAGCUCCGCGAGGGAGUAGAGGUGAGCAGGCUUUCGGCCGAAACUGCGAGGAGAGAGACGGCGGCCAUGGCCGCAGAGGACGAAAUCUCCGGUCGUUGGCAAGCCGCGGCCGACGAUUGCGAGGCGGAGGUGAUGGGGUUGGUGAGCCUGCCCAGCAGAGACGAGCGCACGCCGCGAGACGGGCUGCUGGAAGGGGUCAGAAUUGCGCGCGACGCUCUGGAUCGCGCGGUGCAACGGGCGGGCGAGAUUACUAGAAGUUAUGGCGGCACCGAUGAGACGGUGUUAUUCCAGGCGACAGGCGAGACGAAGCAGGGCAUCUUUUGCUUUGUGAAGGCUUUGCGGGCUGAAACGACGGCUGCGCGAGCUGGAACGGGCCCCGCGCAGCCGCAG